AUGUGCAAGAGAUUGAAGAGGCAGUUGAUGGAUCUACCCAUGGAUAUGUUGGUGAACAUCCUUUUGAGAUUGCCGGUAGAAUCACUGCGUCGCAUCCGAUGUGUGUCCAAGACCUUGUUAAACACAGUUGACAACCUCGCUUUUGUAUACAUUAGUUGGUAUGGUAUGGGAUAUGAUCAUAUAACUAACACCUACAAAAUUGUUCGAGUUUCCACGAUUUUUAGUGAAGAUGACUAUUGUACUACCCACGAUAUGCAUUGGCUGCUGAGAAGAAGCCCAAGAGGCAGUGGUGUAACGAAAAGCCAUAUAAUUUCCUUCAACUUUAAAAAGGAAAUGUUUCAUUGGACUCCAACUCCCCCCACAUUCCAAAGCUCGAACAAGGACUCCAAUUUACACUUGCUUACUCUAAGAGGAUCCAUAGCCAUUGUGGAGACAUUUCCAUCGCCGGAAGGUGGUGGUAUGAAGGUUGAGAUAUGGAUGAUGAAAGUUUAUGCAAAGAAAGAGUGGGCAAAGGAGUACAACAUAAAUGUCGACAUGCAACCUGAGUUUGGGCUGAAGUAUGCUAUUUGUGGAUGGUUGUAUUAG